AUGGACGCUGAGGCCGGCGAGGCGGGGAUGCAGCAGCCAGGGGCGGUGUCCACGAGCACCGCGGCGGCGAUGCCGUUCGACAGGUCGUCGUCGCGUCUAGGCGCGCCCGGCGCCGAGACCUUCGACGGCGCGCUUAGGGAGCUCAAGGAUCUGCGGUCCCAGCUGCACGAAGCGGCGGACUGCUGCGAGAAGGCGUUCCUCAACACCGACAAGAAGAAGCUGAUUCUGGAGGGUACAAAGGGUUACAUAUGUGACGCCGUGGUAGCUGUGAUUGAUCACUUGGGGACUGUUUCAUCCAAGCUUGAGCACAAGCUGCAGGAGAAGACUGACGUCGCACUGACAGAACGAAAGAUCAACUUCUUGAAGCAGAGGCUUUUGACAUGCGAACAGUAUGCCAUUUCUCUGAAGCUUUUGACUGUACGAGGGGACCCUGAUGCCAUUCAAUAUCAUCGUCGUUACAUCUCGCAAUCUACUCAAAUAUCCAAACUGGGAAACAGUGUUGGCUCCAGUAAAAAUGAUCCACGGCUUCUGGAAAUUACUGGCCCAACAGUAUCUGGAGCUACCCUCUUUCUUAAGCCAUAUGAUGUUCAACCAGCCAUCGGAAAAGAACAUACUGUGGUAUCAGCAAAUUCUGAGGACAGCCCAAGGACCAUAAGAAUGUCAUUUUCUUUUAGAGCAGAGGCGGGUCCGUUCGGCCGGAACGAACCAGCGGCGGCUCGCGGUGAUGAGGUGGAAAACGGCGGCGAGGGCCAUGGCGGGAUAAGAGGCGGCGGCCUUCGACCAGGCGAGGCGGCGGAGAUCAGCAGCGAGAACACCGGGCAGGGAAGCCAGUCCGGCGGUGCAUGGUCCGGGGAGGAAGCAGGCCAUGAAGAUGCGGGGGGCAGCAAGAGGAGGAAGAGCUGCCACAGGCACACUCCCGAGCAGACCAGGGUCCUGGAAGCAGCAUUCAAAGAAUCGCCGCAUCCUGACGAGACGCAGCGGCAGCAGCUCAGCGAACAGCUCGGCCUCUCUGCAAGCCAAGUGAAGUUUUGGUUCCAGAACCGGCGAUGUCAGACCAAGGUAAUUCAGGAGCGGCAUGAGAACUCGCUGCUCAAGCCCGACCUGGAGAAGCUCCGGGAGGAGAACCGCGUCAUGCGAGAGCUCAUCAAGAAAUCCUUACGCAGCCAAGGGCAGCUGCUGCGCCUGGAGAACGCCAAGCUCAAAGCCGAGAUUGAGAGGCUCCGCAGGGGGGACAACGCAGCCGCCUUCUCGACCUCGCCGUCGUGCUCUACGUGGGGCAUCCAGAUCAGAAGCAGGAACUCGCUGGACGACGUUGGCCACGACAAGACGAAGUUCCUGGAGCUUGCCGGCCGCGCGCUGGACGAGCUGACGACGAUGUGCUCCUCCGGGCAGCCACUCUGGGUGCGCAGCGUCGGGACCGGCCGGGACGUCCUGAGCUGCGACGAGUACGCGCGCUUGUUCCGGCACCACGACGAUGACUCCGGCGACCGGCGGGGCGUGUGGUCGGUUGAGACGUCAAGGGAGACUGGCGUUAUGUACUGUAACGCGACGAAGCUUGUGGGCGCUUUCGUGGAUGUGAACCAGUGGAAGGAGAUGUUUCCUUCCAUGAUCACCAAGGCGGCGACGCUGGAAGUGAUCCGUGCAGGCGACAACGAUCACCGAGACGGAAUUGUGCAACUGAUGUUUGCAGAGGUGCAGACGCUGACACCACUGGUACCUACAAGGGAGCUGCACUUCCUUCGCCACUGCAAGAAGCUUGGUACCAACAAAUGGGCUAUCGUCGAUGUCUCCUUGGACAACUUUGAACCGGGCGCACAAACGUCGUCGACGCUUCGCAUGUGCUUGAAGAAGCCCUCAGGAUGCAUUGUAGAAGAGCAGAGCCUCGGCCGUUGUUGCAAGGUUACCUGGGUUGAGCAUGUCAAAUGCCGCGAGGCCGCGGUUCCGUCGGCGUACCGGACGGUGACCGCGAGCAGCCUGGCGUUCGGUGCGAGGCGAUGGGUGGCGGCACUCGGUCUGCAGUGCGAGAGGAUGGUCUUCUCGGUGGCGACCAACGUCCCGACAUGGGGCUUAAACAGGGUCGCCACACUGUCAGGCAGGCAGAGCGUCCUGAAGCUCGCGCAGCGGAUGACAUCCAGCCUCUGUCGCGUCAUCGGUGCCUCCAGGGACCUGGCGUGGAGCAAGGCGUCGAACCACGGCGGCACCCGUGAGAUCCGGGUGAUGUGCCGGAAGAGCACCGGUGAGCCGCGGGGGCUGAUCGCCUGCGUGGUGCUGUCGGAGCGGCUGCCGGUGAAGCCGGCGGCUCUCUUCGGUUUCCUGGCGGACGAGUCGCGGCGCCACGAGUGGGACUUGAUGAUGCCUGGACAAUCUGUCCAGAGCUACGUGACUGUGCGCAAGGGGGAGGACCGCGGCAACCGCGUCACGGCAUACGCCGUGGAACCUUCCGCCGAGGAGCUGAGGGGCAAGUGGAUCCUCCAGGACAGCAGCACCAGCCCCUGUGAGUCGACCAUCACGUACGCGCCUAUCGACGCCGCGGUCCUGCAGCCGGUGGUCUAUGGGGACGACUCCAGCACCGUGGCCGUGUUGCCGUGCGGCUUCGUGGUGAUGCCGCACGGGCGGGAGGCCAGGCCGGCGGUGACAACGUCGAGGAAGGAUAAGGAGGAGGGCAGGACGGCGGUGGAGUCCACCGGGUCGCUGGUCACCCUGGUGUUCCAGGCGCUGGCUGGCUCGUCGGCGACGGAUGCUGCGCUCCCGACGGAUGCGGUGAAGGCCGUAACGCGUCUGGUGUUCUGCACGUUGGGCAACAUCAAGAAAGCGCUGCAUUGUUGA